ACAAAUCAUCAGCAUAGUCUGUGUAUCAGGUCCACAAAGCUGGUUAAGACCACCACGUCAUGGAGAACAUAACACAUGUGAUGAGCAAAUCGCCCUAUGGCCAAAAAAUGGAAUUCGGCACAAAUAACUGGGGUGUUGUGGAAGACACCAACUUGGCUGGAGGAAUUCUUCUGUCCACCUCUCUGCUGGGCCUGGCUACCUAUAUCGGUGCCUUCUGGGACCAAAGCAGUGCACUCAGUCUUUUUAAGAGAAGCUUCAUCAUGUCCUUCUCGUGUGACCAUGGGAACCUGAAAGGUGUUCAGAACACCCAUGUCUCUCUUUUUGCUCUGAUUUUCAUCGAUGUUCUAAAUGUGGUCGGAGCAAUGACCUACGGAAGUCACCUGGUUGCAGCUAACUGUCCUGGAAACACAUGUUUGUACACCGAAAACCUGUGGAUGUUUUCAAGACGGUAUUUAGUGAUGAUACAUCUUCUGACAGCCCUCAUUUCAGUCCUUUAUCUCUGCCACCAAAACCUGGGUUCCAAACUACGUUGUGUUUUCUCUGUGGUGUCUUUAUUGAUUUGUGUUUUAUACUAUAGUUCUGUGCUCUACACCAUUGAAGUACUAUACAUGCAAGAAGUUCUCACCUGCGGACUGGCUUUGGCCAUAAUUGCAAAAUCUAAACCCACAGGGAGGAAAAAAGACAAGCUACGAAUUGCAACUGUUGCAUUGUUCACCUUCUUAGUUGUCUACCUUCCGGUUUUUGUUCUUGAUUACAUGAUCUAUAGUCGGACCAUCUCUGGGCUGCCAAUAGAAGACUAUUUUGUAAUUUAUGUAAAUGUGUAUUAUUUCACAAACUUUCAAGUCUGUCUCGAUGGACUCUUGUGCUAUUCAAUUCUGAAGAUGUCUGCAGCAGAAGAAGACAGAGAGCAACCACCACAACAAUGGGAGCUACAAGAACAAGGGCUGCAGCAACCACCACAACAACAGCAGCAACAAUCACCUCAACCAUCACAACCAUGGCAGCAACAAACACCACAACCAUCACAACCAUGGCAGCAACAAACACCACAACCAUGGCAGCAACAAUCACCACAAACACAACAACAGCAGCAACAAACACCACAACAAAAGUGGCAGCAACAACAACAGGUCUUCAAUUAUCCAAGGGUUCAUGUUAAUACAAAUGCAGUUACUGCAUAUAACAGGCAAAACUGGAAUUAAGUCUUUGUGCUGUGAAGUUUGACUGGAUCACAACUCUGAAAUCAACUACAUGUAAUAUUUGUUUCUCAGCUUUCUGCAACUGUGGGCACUAAAAUCGCUUUAAAAAAUGACUGGAUUUAUUAAACAGGAGUAGACUGUAGAUGGGUGAGGGCCUAGCUAAAGAUUGAUUUAUAGCACUAUUAUUCUAUUCAGAUGGCUGUACUUCAUGUCCUUUUAAUUUAAAUUAAAAAUGGAUGAAAGAAAUUUAAAAUUAGAGAUUGAGAUGAGCAUUGUAUCCAUACUGUGAUUUUAAAUCCAAUGUAUAACACAGAACAAGAAGAAAUGUGUUUCAGUACACACAGAAUGCACUAUAAAUGUAUUUAGAAUGAUUUUGUGACAAAUUAAAGCAACUAUGCACUCACUGUAAUACAAAAUAUUGUGAUGGAAAUUUCUUUUACCUUAGUGGAUUGACCAUGUGUUUUGAAAGUAGCAUACAGUGGGAUGCAAAAGUUUGGGUAACCUUGUUAAUAGU